UGACGACAACCUGUUUUCAAGGUUUCUCCUUGAUUUACAAGUGUAAUUGCCAUUAGAAUGUAAAAAUCCGAGUUCAGUUGCCUGUUGCUAGUGGCAGAGACUCCCUAGUUCAUGAAUAAUUGUAUAUAAUAAGCAUAAAAAACAACAUGUCGAAAAUCAAGGCUGGACCCGUCGUUGACAUCCUUGGUGAUGAAAUGACCAGAAUCAUCUGGGACCUCAUCAAGGACAAGCUAAUUCUGCCGUUCCUGGACAUCGAGCUGCAUACCUAUGACUUGGGCAUGGAAUACCGUGAUAAGACUGAGGACCAGGUCACAAUCGAUUGCGCCAACGCAAUCAAGAAAUACAAUGUCGGCAUCAAGUGCGCCACGAUCACUCCCGAUGAGAAGAGAGUAGAGGAAUUCAAACUCAAGAAAAUGUGGAAGAGUCCCAAUGGUACCAUUCGUAAUAUCCUUGGAGGUACCGUCUUCAGGGAAGCUAUUAUCUGCAAGAACAUUCCCCGCCUCGUCACCGGCUGGGAGAAGCCCAUCAUCAUCGGCCGUCACGCUCACGCCGACCAGUACAAGGCCACCGACUUCGUUGUUCCUGGCGCGGGAACACUCGAGCUCAUCUGGACUCCUCCCUCUGGAGAGCCCAUUAGGCACGUCGUAAACGAAUACAAGGGCCCCGGAGUUGCUCUCGCCAUGUUCAACACUGACGCAUCCAUUGUCGACUUUGCGCAUUCCUCAUUCAAAUUCGCUUUGGACAGGAAAUACCCCCUGUACUUGAGCACCAAGAACACCAUUCUCAAGAAAUACGAUGGACGUUUCAAGGACAUCUUCCAAGAAAUCUACGACAAGGAAUACAAGACAAAAUUCGAAGCUGCAGGUAUCUGGUACGAGCACAGGCUGAUUGACGACAUGGUCGCUUAUGCCAUGAAAUCGGAAGGUGGCUUCGUAUGGGCUUGCAAGAAUUAUGACGGUGACGUCCAGUCGGACUCUGUCGCGCAAGGCUACGGAUCUCUGGGUCUCAUGACCUCCGUGCUCAUCUGCCCCGACGGCAAGACUGUGGAGGCUGAAGCCGCCCACGGUACCGUGACCAGGCACUUCCGAUUCUAUCAACAAGGAAAGGAGACUUCCACCAACCCUAUUGCUUCCAUCUUCGCAUGGACGAGAGGCUUGCUACAUCGCGCCAAGUUAGAUAAUAACGCUGCACUGAAGAACUUCGCUGAGACCCUGGAGAGCGUGUGCAUCGACACGAUUGAAGGAGGCGUCAUGACUAAAGAUCUUGCUAUUUGCAUUAAGGGUAUGAAUAAUGUAAAGCGGUCGGACUACUACGAAACGUUCGAGUUCAUGGAUAAACUGGCCGAAAACUUGAAGAAGCGCCUGGGAAAAUGACUGCCUGAAGCGAAGCUCUAGAUAUAAGAGUUUUUUACUAUUCUGUCUCAAAAGGGGAUUAAGGGUACCUAUUUAUACAUACAAGUAUAGUACUGAAUUUAUAUGCUUUAUUUAUUUGAUUGUAUUAAUAUUUUCUUAUUUUAAUAAACGUAUUUCAUUUA